AUGCAAUUCUUUGGUGGUUCUGAGAUUAGUCCAUCGCCGCCUGUGUCGACUGCUUCAGGAAACAAUGGCCAUAUGCUGUAUGUUUUCAAUAGAAAUGGUAUAUGCUUGCUUUAUAGAGAGUGGAAUCGCCCCUUGCAUACAUUGAAUGCUCAACAAGAUCACAAGUUAAUGUUUGGUCUGCUCUUCUCACUCAAGUCACUAACUGCCAAGAUGGAUCCCACUAGUGCCGAGAAAGGGAACCUUGGUGUGCCUCAGUUACCGGGCCAAGGUUGUUCGUUUCACAGUUUUCGCACUAAUACAUACAAACUUAGUUUCAUGGAAACUCCUUCUGGAUUAAAGAUUAUCUUGGUAACUCAUCCUAGAAUUGGUGAUCUCCGGGAAUCCUUAAAAUAUAUCUAUAAUUUGUAUGUUGAAUAUGUUGUCAAGAAUCCACUAUAUACACCCGGAUCUCCUAUCAGGUCUGAGCUGUUCAAUACAACGUUGGACCAGUAUGUGAGAGGCAUUGCAUAA